UCCCCCCAUUUUCAGCCGACUUGAAUUUUUGCCAGACUUGGUUGGAGGGUGAGAAGGCAAAGACAGUGAGAUUCGGAGAGAAAAAGAAAGAGAGAGAGAAAAUUGGAGAAUGAAAGAAGUUGCAUUGCAUCAACAACAAUCUGUUUUGUUUCCCCUUUUCGCUCUUUGAUUCUUUCCUUCAUUGUUGGACAUUGAAAUUUGAUUGAAAAUUUCAACUGGGUUUCUUUCGAUUUCUCCAUUUUUUCCUCCAAUUUCAAAAGGGUUUAUGUUUAUUUCAGAUUCUGAACCCUCGUUGACGAAAAUUCAAAAGUAUUAUCGUCAAUGUAAACCAUCGAUGGAGGUUUUUUAAUCUUCUUCGGUUCUUGGGGUUGAACUUUCUUCAAUCUUUGACCCCUCGAGAUCGAUUUCAACAUGAAGUAACGCUACAUGUUAUUUCCCAGAACCUGUUCAACGAAAUGGCUGAAAGAAAUACAGGUUCUUCUUCGUCUUCAACUGGGUUUCUAUCAAUGAAAUCAUUAUUCGGUUUGUUGUCAAUUGCAUUAAUGGUGUUCGUGUUAUCAUGGUUCUUACUCUUAACCUCCGACGGCCGAUCUCGACUCAUCGAUCACAAUCUAUUACCCCAUUCAAGGCAACAUUCCACCAUCGACAAUCCCAAUCCCACCCCAAAUUCUCCGACCCACAAUGCACAAUCAAUCCAUCAUCAACAACCAGAAAUUCUUAGAGUCUUCAUGUACGAUUUACCACCAGAAUUCCAUUUCGAGAUCCUGUACUGGAAACCAGAGGGUAAGAAUACAUGGCCGGAUCUCCGUUCAAGAGUGCCGGAGUACCCCGGCGGAUUAAACCUGCAACAUAGCGUAGCGUACUGGCUCACUCUAGACCUUUUAUCCUCAAACACUCAAACCGCCAUUAGAGUUUAUAACUCGAGUGAAGCUGACGUCAUCUUCGUCCCCUUCUUCUCUUCCGUAUGCUUCAAUCGAUUUUCUAGGUUAAACCCUCAUCAAAAAACCAACAGGAACAAAGAACUACAACAGAAGUUAGUCAAAUACCUAACGGGUCAACCCGAAUGGAAAAGAUCCGGCGGCAUAGACCACAUUAUUGUCGCUCAUCAUCCCAACAGCUUACUCGAUGCGAGAUAUCAGCUAUGGCCCGCCAUGUUUAUCCUUUCAGAUUUCGGAAGGUAUCCACCAACUAUUGCAAACAUCGAUAAAGAUCUAAUCGCACCUUACAAACACAUCAUCAAAAGCUACACCAACGAUUCAUCAACUUUCGAUACCCGACCCAUUUUACUGUUCUUCCAAGGCGCCAUUUACAGAAAAGACGGAGGUUUCAUCCGUCAAGAAAUCUUCUACCUUUUACAGAAAGAAAAAGACGUUCAUUUCAAAUUCGGGAGUGUUCAAAAGCAAGGGGUUCCUUCUGCUACAAAAGGAAUGCGAUCUUCAAAAUUCUGUUUAAACAUCGCAGGUGACACCCCGUCUUCUAACCGAUUGUUUGACGCCAUUGUUAGCCACUGUGUUCCUGUGAUUAUUAGCGAUGAAAUUGAACUACCAUUUGAAGAUGUUCUUGAUUACUCGGAGUUUUGUGUUUUUGUGAAGACGUCUGAUGCUAUAAAAGAGGGGUUUUUGAUCAAUUUUAUUAGAAGUAUUGGGAGAGAUGAGUGGACUCGAAAAUGGAAGAAGCUUCAAGAAGUCAAACAUUAUUUUGACUAUCGGUAUCCUUCUGUGAAAGGUGAUGCAGUGCAGAUGAUAUGGAGAGGGGUUUUGAAGAAAGUUCCGGUUAUAAAGAGGCGGUUACAUGUUGCAAACCGGUUUUCAAGAUUUGGAAAACCGGACCGGAAGUUUUUCCAAUUGCCUAGAAAUUUAACAGUUUGAAAGAAGACGUUGGAGUUAGAAGAUAGAAUUGUUAGAAUAUAAGGAAUACAAAUAGAAUUUGUAGAUGGAAAAGUGUUUAGGAAUUCAUGAAUCGUUCACAGUUUUGUAAUUUGAUAUGAUGUUUAGCUUAUGGGGGUUGUUAGUUUGCAUGAUAAUAAUCCUUUAUUUAAAACAAAAACUGAUAGAAUGAGUUUGGUAUGGAACGCUUGAGAGCUUUUAGUUA